AUUUGCGGCCUCGAGCACACCCGAACACGAGCGAGAGGAAGCCAUGGCAGAAGCGCAUCAGGCCAUCGGCGUCUUCGAGGAGCACAAGCGCGGCGUGGAGCUGCUGUACUCGGACGAAGGCAUCCGCAUCUCGUUCACUAUCCCUCCGCCCCACGAGAUCCGACGCAGCGUCGUCCGCGAACUUUUCCACCUCCAGCGAGCCGUCCGACGCGGCGUGUACCCCGCGCCGCCGUUUGUAGCUAUCUUGACAGUGGUAGCGAUUUCGGUGAUUGUUGUGUCGUCCCCUACCGAAUCAUGGUGGCGCAGUGGACCCAUUUCGGUGGUCGUGUGGCAUGUUGGCAACUUCCUCAUGCCAUACUGGCACAGGUUGCCAAACUCGAUCUACGUGGCGUAUCUGGCUGCAUGGGCAGCAUUCCUGGGCCUCUUGGUGCUCAUGGCAGUCCAGAGACUAUUCCUACGUCUACUAUUGAGCUACAGAGGCUGGUUAUACCUCGCUCCGAGGCAGAAGAGCCGCGUGGUGAUGGCCUGGGCCGCGCUGUUGAAGAUUUUCGGUGGUCGUCAUCCUUUAACCUACUCUUUCCAAGACGCACUACCGAGACUACCUUUGCCACCACUGAAGGACACAAUACAGCGCUAUCUCCAGUCGGUGCACCCUUUACUGACCUCUAAAGAGUACGAGGAAGUGGAGCGCAUGGCCCACGAGUUCGUACACAAGGAAGGUCCCAAGCUCCAGUUCUAUCUGUACCUUAAGAGCUGGUGGUCGUCCAACUACGUCACAGACUGGUGGGAGAAGUACGUGUACCUUAAAGGCCGCUCGUCGCUCAUGAUCAACAGCAAUUACUACGCCCUUCCUGGAGCCAAUCUCGACUUCAGUCUCACUAAAAAGCCUGUCGCGUUGGCUGCCGCUCUCGUGCAUGAAUUCCUUCUCUUCAAACAGGAUCUGGACCGAGAACACCUGCCACCGCAACUCAUUCGAGGCAUUGUACCGCUCUGUAUGAGUCAAUACCAACGGAUCUUCUCCUGUACUCGCAUUCCUGGCCGGGAGACGGACUCACUCAAGUUGUAUCAGCACAAAUCGAAGCAUAUUGCCGUGUUCUGCCACGGUCGCGUGUUCAAGAUGCCACUGUUUGAAAAAGGCCAAUAUGGUAAAUUACUUACGAAAUUCGAGAUCCAGCGUCAGUUCGAGUGGAUUGAGACGACGGCGUUGGCUAUGGGAGCUCCUAGUAAAGCGGAAGAAAACUUGGCUGCACUCACUGCUGCUGGACGUAUCGAAUGGGCUGAAAAUCGCGAACAAUUUUUCUCUAGCGGCGUUAAUAAGCGCUCGCUAGAGGUUAUCGAGUCGUCGGUGUUUGUAGUGGUGCUGCAGAAUGAUGUGGCCAAAGACUGGACUUCGAUGGGCAAAAAUCUCAUCCAUGGCAGUGGAGGCAACCGCUGGUUCGAUAAAUCAUUUAACCUGGUUAUAUACAAGAACAGCGUGGCAGGUAUUAACGCUGAGCACGCAUGGGCCGAUGCUCCUGUGAUGGCUCAUGCGUGGGAACACGUAUACACCAAGCAGACGUAUACAAUGCCAUACGACGAUAAUGGAGACACCUUGGUCCAGUCUGAUGACGAGCGAGAGUCCAAGUUGCCGCUUUGUAGAAUGUUGCAGUGGGAUUUCUCGACGGGUCUGCAAGAUGCUGUGCUUAAGUCACUGGGAGACGCCGAGAAAUCCAUCAGCGACUUUGAUCUUAAGGUCAUUUCGCACACGGACUAUGGCAAGGGAUUGAUCAAGAAAUUUCGAGUAAGCCCUGACGCUUUUAUCCAGAUGGCACUGCAACUUGCAUACUACCGUAACUCGGGUACGAUCGCACAGACGUACGAGUCAAGUAUGACUCGGUUGUACCGUGACGGUCGUACGGAAACUGUACGACCGGUGACGGAUGAAUCGAAGGAGUUUGUGCUCGGUAUGGUCGAUCCCAAACUGUCCGAUGCGGAGAAGUUGAAGCUGCUGCAACGCGCUUGUGACGUGCACCAGGACAGCUACAGGAACGCUAUGAGUGGCAAAGGUAUCGACCGUCACUUGUUCACACUGUACUGCGUGUCGGUGGGUUUUGGCAUUGAGUCGCCGUUCCUGAACAACGCACUCAGUCGCCCGUGGCGCCUCUCGACGAGUCAACAGCCUCAGCAACAGACAGAGAACUGGCCUCUCGUUGAGAAGGCUCUAAAGGGAACUCAGUACUCCAUCGACGAUGCACGUUGCCCUGGUGGUGGCUUUGGUCCUGUCGCUGAAGAUGGCUACGGAGUCAGCUACAUGAUCGCAGGUGAAAAUAUGCUCGGCUUCCACAUCUCCAGCAAGAAAUCGUGCCCGUCCACUAGCUCGGACAAGUUUGCUGAAGACAUUGAGCAAGCACUGACCGACCUCAAGGCACUGUGGCACCCCAAGGAAUAAACCAGUUUAACUAACAAUUUUCAGAAUUGCAUGCCUUUCGAAUCAAUAGUGACAAAAA